UCAGAUGCAGACAGAACAUUUCACCUUUGUUCAGUCUCACAAAAAGUCCACACAGAAGCAUUAACUUGAUUCAGUAAUUCAAAAGCCAACUAUGGAGAAACAUUUCCAACCAACAUGGAUGCAAACUUCCCUUAAUGCUUUAAAAAGUGACACUGAUAGUGAAUACUUGGCUUGUAAUCUUACAAAAGUCCAUGGGGAGAGGCGAUACCUUUACUCUCCAACCUGUAACAGCUCUGAACUGGACUGUAUCUCCACCGCAUCAUCUCAUCCUGCUGUAUCUGGGACUGGAUCCUCCAAAUCUACACCAGGACCGGGAGGUCUCCUCUUGUGGGAGCCAGUCAGCAGGAAUGCUACUCCUCUGAUGGAGGCCUCAUGCUUUCUGAGGAAUGAUCUUCAGUCUUCUUCUUGCAUGAGCUACAGCACUAAGGUCACAGAAAGCAGCUGGAUAUUGAGGUCUUUGCUUCGGGUCACUUUCAGCUCCAACUACCUUGACCCUAAUGUGUAUCAAGGCUAUGAGACUAUUGGUUGCAGAUACCUCUAUGCUCCCUUACCUGAAAUAUCUGGAUUUGUGGAUGAGGGCUUUCCGCCUUGCAGCCAGAUUCAUCAUCACAAAUGUGAGCCAGACGUCAGUUCCCUUGAAAGUGAGAAACUGGGCCAAGUUACUGUAAGCAGAAGAGCCUCCAGUUGGGAUCAUGCAGAACCAUGGAUUAACGAAGAAAGAUUUACUGCAUCCAUGUGAUUUCCUGAAAUUUUAAUAGAAUUAUCAGCAUAAUUCAUUUUAAUGUGUCUUAUGGACACUUUUACACAUUCACACCAAAAUACACAACAUAUGGAUAAGA